CGUUCCAUCCAGUCAAUCUUGUUUGUGCGUUUGCUAGUGCCGGACGGGUGUAACCAGUGAGUAACAGUGGUUCUUAUCUAGAAGCGGCAUCACACGGGACUCUUCCAUCCCCUGCUACUAACAGUGUUUACUCCUGCUCGGCCUCAAUCCUGAAGAAGAAAUCGGAAAUUGGAAAUUCAUCUUUUUGUCGGUGAGUGAUUGAGCAGCAGCAGCAAUAACCGCCAAAAUACUACACACUACAGUGUGUGUGUGUGCGUGUGAGUUAAUUUUGCGUAAUUUUGAUGCGUGUGCGUGUACCUGAGUGAGUGAAGUGUGUGGUAAGCGAAAUAGGCAAGUGUGGCUUUAUAAACACAAACACACCCACUCGUAAAGAACAGCAACAGCAAAAGCAAAAGCGAUUCCGGUUGAAGCGAACUUGCCCCAAAACAAACAGAAAACUCUCCCCCAUUGCCGCCGCCUUCACAUGCAAGCCCGCACAGCCGUCAGGAUGAAGCAAGAAGUGGCGGUCGGCAUGUACGUGGACGAGGAUCGGGACGUGUACAUGAUCGAGCGGAAGGACACGAUCGUCGACAUCAUCCGGAUGCAGCAGCAGGCGGGCCUGUGGCAGACGCUGUCGGUCGACCUGGUCGACUGCGGGCCGGGCAGCCGGGAGGGCGACAACUACAUGUCGAUCAUCAAGCGGGUAAAGGCCCACUGUAAGGCGAAAUCGGUCGACGGGCGAAACCACGUGUUUACAAUUUCGCUGAUUUUUAAGCGUCAAAUUACCAACCCGAACCGGCGCCGGCUGUUCCGGUGCGAUGCCGCGUUCGAGAACGAGAUCACCGCGUACGCGAGCAUCGUCCCGGUGCUGCAGCGGAUAUCGCCGUACGAUCUGCCGUACCCGAAGUGCGUGACGGCCGGCAGCGACGAGCACGGCGAUCGGAUCGUGCUGGAGGAUCUGACCACGAGCGGGUACGCCAUGCUCGAUCGGCGGGUUGGGCUGAGCUACGAACACUGCAUUGCGGUGAUGAAGGAGCUGGCGAAACUGCAUGCCGUCUCGCUCGCGAUGAAGCACGCGCACCCGCACGAGUACGCCGACGUCUGCUCGAAGAUACGCGAGAUCGUGUACUGUCCGGAGGCGGCCGAGUUCUACACACAUUCCCUCGAGUCGUCGCUGCGCGGCGCCCUGGACAGCCUGCGGUACAGCAACGGCGAGCAGGGCGAGCUGGACGGCCCGAUCCGGGCGGUGGAGGGGCUCACCGGCCGGCUGUACCGCAUCAUGUCCGCGCUGGUGUGCGACGGCAUGGACGAGGGCUGGCGCGUCAUCUGCCACGGCGACACGUGGGUGAACAAUCUGAUGUUUAGCGCGGACCGGCAGCACGUCCGGCUGAUCGACCUGCAGACGAUGCGCUGCACCACGCCGGUGCUGGACAUACUGCACCUGCUGUACACCAGCACGGAGCACUCGAUGCGCCGGCAGUACGUGCCCGAGCUGCUGCUGCAGUACCGCCAGUCGCUGCUCGCGGCGCUGGGGGAGCAUUUCUGCGCGUGCGAAGAGCCGGCCGCGGCCGCCGCGCUGCUGCGCCGCUACGCGGAGCAGUUUUCGUACGCCCGGCUGCGGGCCGAGUACGAUCGCUGCCUGCCGUACGGGCUCGGCAUCGCGAUGUGGCUGCUGCCGGCCGUCACCUUCAACCCGGACAAGAUACCGGACCUGGACGCGGUCACGAUUCAAGAUUUCAAGACGAAGAAGCACGACAAGCGCAUCGCCCAGAUCGUCUCGAACGACUACCACACGCGGAUGCGCGACAUUGUCCUGGAAAUGUACGAUCAAGGCGUGCUGCAGCGGCUCAAGAGCGACCGCAUCUAGGGCGGAUGUUGGGCACCAGCCGGCAGCGGUGUGGUGGCAUUUCACGCGCGAUUGGAGCGUCUAUGUGCCAGAAACGCUGCCCGAAUGGGGGAGAAGAAGACGGAGGGGGGGGGGGGAUGGCGCACGGAGGGGACAUAGGCGAGAUAGUGGCACGGUGUUGGAUUCAAGGGCGCGCUCGGUGCAACAUUUCGAUGUCGCCCAUCCAGUACAGUCAACCCGUUUUGUGUACCUUCCAUCACCACCACCGCCGCCGCCUCCCCGGGGCGGCCACUGUACAGUGUUUGUGUUAUGCUUUAGUCAGUAGAAAGAACAACAACUCCUACAAAUAGUACCGUACCCGGUUAGUGCGCAUUUCAGGCGUCUUAUGUGUGCGUUUGUAUGUAUGUAUGUAUGUGUGUGUGUGUGGUUGUGUAUUAAGUCGACAAUCACCGCACGACGCCCGGUUCCGAAAGAUAGUGCAACCGACAGCAACUAACAACCAACAACAAAAACGCAACGUUUACAAUUCCCCGCUCCGCAGAUUGGCAUCGGCCGGCGAUUGCGCAAUUGCAAAAAGAAGAAGAAGAAGAAAAACUAAGCGAAACCGGGCGGGCGGACAGAACCGGAAGAUCGAAUUCCCGAUCGAUGGGCCGGUGGAAUACAAAUUUGUGCCUACGCAUGCGGCGGACCACUUGCCACGUGGUGUGUGUACACCGCUCACUGCUUCAUCAGCCGCGCCGCGAUGAUGGACGGAUCGAUUGGAUUGGGGCAGAGUUUGCUAGAUCAGUAGUUACCAAUUAAACCUGUUGUUGAUGCGAUAAGCAAGAAACAAAACCGCCUAGUGUAAGAUGAUCUGUUUUUGUUCGAUUCAAUAAACAGCUGUUACUACAGA